AUGAAAGCAGCAUUCUCCAACUGGCGGCUGAAAUAUAAUGGCGAACGUAUCAACUUGGCUUUGAUACGGACUUUGAGAAAUCGCUCGAACAAAGAAACGAAAGCCACUUUAAGAAAGCUUACCCAAAAAACGAUCAUGUUAAGAACAAAGAUAGACAAGAUCCAUCUUUCGUUCUCACCCUUUGCAACACUAAGUUAACCGCUGAGUUGAAAGACGCUGGUAAAGUUAGUCAUAAAAUCAUCCCAGAACUAGGCAGAUAUUCUCCUGACACCCAGCUUGGUAUGUUUCCGUCGCCAAUAAGCAUCGCUAUUACGUCUUGCGGAUGGAUAGAAUUUCUAUCCUAUGAUGUGAAGAGUUUCUUGUCUACACUCUACAAAGCUCGCUUGCAUAGUCCUGUUGACAAAAUUUCAGCAAUCAGACAAAAUCCCCAAGCAAGGGAUAUCCACUGUGCCGAUGGGAUGAUCUUCAAAACUUCUGACGGUGAUGAAAAUUCUGUAACAACGAAUUUUUUGUUUUCGUAA